UAUUCUGGAAGCUUCACUCUCGCCAUGGCUUCGAUGGCGAUAACCAGAAAAAACCAGCUCAUUUCUUCUCUACUAUAUGGCGUCCGAUUGCGAAGAUUAUGCUACAAUCGUACCAUUACCACCGCCCGCCGCAGCUUUACUACGUCGACUUCGACUUCGCCGGCGGAUUCUGAAAUUCCGGUUUCCAGAACUAAAGUCCUUGAAACCUUCAAAGAAGAAUUCGAAAUUGGAUCACGCCUAAUUGCGUUAGAAACGGGGAAGAUCGCGCGGUUCGCCAAUGGUGCGGUUGUAUUAGGCAUGGAGGACACUAAAGUGCUCUCCACAGUUUGCUCAGCUAAAGGCGACGGUGUCCGCGAUUUCUUGCCUCUUACUGUCGAUUAUCAAGAGAAACAUUUUGCUCAAGGACAAAUUCCAGGCACAUAUAUGCGAAGGGAGGGUGCUCCAAAAGAACGAGAACUUCUUUGUGGGCGUCUAAUUGAUCGGCCUAUACGGCCACUUUUUCCAGCCGGAUUUUACCAUGAGGUCCAGGUGAUGGCUAGUGUGCUUUCUGCUGAUGGGAAGCAGGAUCCAGAUGUAAUGGCAGCUAAUGCCACUUCUGCUGCUCUUAUGUUAUCAGAUAUACCAUGGGGUGGUCCCAUUGGAAUGGUACGUGUAGGGAGGAUCGACGGGCAUCUUGUUGUAAAUCCAAGCAUGGAUGAGCUUAAUCUAAGUGAUCUCAACCUUGUAUAUGCCUGCACAAAAGAUAAGACGUUGAUGUUAGAUGUCCAAGCACAUGAGAUUUCUGAAAGGGACCUUGAAGCAGCAUUUAGAUUUGCUCAUCCUGAGGCAGUUAAAUUCAUCGAGCCUCAGCUGAGACUUGCUACCAAAGCAGGAAAACAGAAGAAGGAAUAUAAAUUGUCCUUGGUGUCAGAAAGAACAAUAGACAAGAUCCGCAGUUUGUCUGAAGCGCCCAUUGAAGCUGUUUUUACAGAUCCUGCCUAUGGAAAGUUUGAACGUGGAGAGGCCUUGGAUAAGAUUGCACAAGAUGUGAGGGUGGUACUAGAGGAAGAAGGUGAUGAAGAAAGCUUAAAAGUUCUAUCAAAGACAGUUGAUACUGUCCGGAAGCAGGUUGUACGCAAAAGAAUCAUUAAUGAAGGGUUUAGGCUUGACGGAAGGCGUCUUGAUGAGGUCAGGCCCCUGUAUUGUGAAGCCGGUAGCUUGCCUGGAUUGCAUGGAUCAGCCCUCUUUUCACGUGGAGAUACACAGGUUCUAUGUACUGUUACCCUUGGUGCACCUGGUGAUGCUCAACGUUUGGAUUCUAUUGUGGGUCCUCCAACCAAGCGAUUUAUGCUUCAUUACAGUUUUCCACCUUACUGUAUUAAUGAAGUGGGGAAGCGCACUGGCUUGAACCGACGUGAAGUUGGACAUGGCACUCUUGCUGAGAAAGCUCUUCUUGCUGUAUUGCCUCCUGAACUUGACUUUCCAUAUGCUGUCCGUGUUAAUUCGGAAGUCAUGGGCUCCGAUGGCUCGACAUCGAUGGCAACCGUCUGUGGAGGCAGUAUGGCUUUAAUGGAUGCUGGCAUCCCUUUACGAGAACAUGUUGCGGGUCUGUCAGUGGGCCUCGUUACUGAAGUUGAUUCAUCAACUGGCGCUGUUAACGAGUAUCGUAUACUAACUGAUAUUUUGGGUCUUGAAGAUCAUCUUGGAGACAUGGAUUUCAAAAUUGCAGGAACCCGAAAUGGGAUUACAGCAAUUCAGUUAGACAUAAAACCUGCUGGAAUUCCUCUUGACAUCGUUUGCGAGUCACUGGGACCUGCAUAUAAAGGUCGACUGCAAAUCCUCAACCGUAUGGAGCAAGAAAUAAAUGCAGCACGUUCUCAGGAAGGAAGAAAUUCUCCUCGAUUAGUUACCUUAAAAUAUAGCAAUGAUGACCUACGCCGCUUGAUUGGACCACUUGGUGCCUUGAAGAUGAAAAUUGAAGAAGAGACAGGUGCUCGGAUGUCUGUGAGUGAUGGAACACUAACUAUAGUUGCCAAGAAUCAAUCCGUAAUGGAAAAAGUGCAAGAAAAGGUUGAUUUAAUAAUCGGGCGAGCAAUUGAAGUAGGAGGUGUUUACAAAGGAAUUGUGAGUUCAAUAAAAGAGUAUGGGGCUUUUGUGGAGUUUAAUGGUGGCCAACAAGGUCUCUUACACGUUUCUGAAUUGUCACAUGAACCGGUAUCAAAAGUUUCGGACGUUAUAUCAGUCGGGCAAAAACUUUCUUUAAUGUGUAUUGGGCAGGAUCUCCGUGGUAACAUUAAACUCUCUCUAAAAGCCACUUUACCUCAACCCAAGAAACGUAAAACGAUUGAUGUGGUUGAAGGAUCUUUGGACCUUUCAAAACAAAAUCCCGAUAGUUGCACACCUGCCAACGAUUCACUGAAACAAGAAGAAAACCAUGUUGUCAAAGAUUUACGGGCAGACAUAGAUACGAGUACUGGGUCAAACUCAAAGUCAUCUUAUUCUUCAAUCUCACCUAUCUUGAUUCGCAGCGCUGUGGAAUGUGACGAGGAGGAAAAAACAGCCGGUUUAAGCUCAAAGCUUAAAAAUAACAGCAAACUCCCACGAGCUUAUGAGGAAAAAGAAGAUGAUUUAAGCUCAAGUCUUAAAAAUAACAGCAAACCCCCACGAGCUUCGAAAUCAAAUUCUUCUCAAAAGCCCAAAACCUUAAAAACCCAAAAAGAUGAGCUUGACUUUGUUUCCUCUGUUUCUGGCUCGUUAUCAUCUAAAAAAGGUAGAAUGACGAAACCGCGCUUACUAACAGAAAAAAGAAUGGAUAUUGUUUCUGACUAUACAAGUUCUGAUGAAGACAAAGAGGAGGAUAAACGUACAACUGAAACCAUAGCAGAUGCUGUAGAUUGUUUAAAAGUUAAAAAAUCUAGGGUUGACGGUCCAAUUGACGCUAAAAAGCUCAAGCUUGGAAUGAAGGUAACGGCAAAGGUCCUUCAAGUCCGUGCACGAGGGUUAGUCCUUGACUUGGGCGCUGGAGUCAACGGGAUGUACCGAUUCGAGGGUAACGGUAAACAGGACUUUGAAGCAGGCGAUGAGGUACAAGCCCUAUGUACAAGCUUUAACAGCAAGGGCAUUCCCGUAAUGUCAAUCAUACACGACGAUUUUUAGCGACUUUUUGAGUGUCGGGUUAUAUUAUUCCCUUCAUUCUUUUGAGAUGGGCCGAGGAUCAGUCGUUGAUCAUGAAGGACAAUAUCGUCAUUUCCGGUCAGUUUCAUAAAAAACAACCAGUCUUCAAAGUUUUGCCGAAAUUACAUUGGAUUAUACGAAUUGCCGUCAUAGGUUUUCUUGGAGUUAUGUUUCAUGUUAGUUGUAGCUAACUGUUUGUAUUAGAAUGAAUUUCGUGAUCGGUUUUUAUGGGCUGAGAAGAAAGACGGAUCGCAUCGGAUCGGGAAAACGGAUGUUUCGAGAAGCCGAUCGAUGGAAAUCCCGAUAGGCCAAAUGGAUCGUUCUCCUAACAGGUUUUGUAGAAUCAUGCAUGUGGUUAAAUUAUCAAUCUCUUUAAUUUAAUUUUGUUACAAUUCCUUGUU